AUGUCUCUUUACUUCCUUGUUCGUCUAGCCGAUGGCAGGGGAGGAGGACAAGUGCGUCUGCGACAUACCUACCACGACGCUCGGCGUAUCAAGGAGCCACUCGAUGCCGCCUCAGUUGUCUACGAACCCAACACAUACGAGAAUGGUCCACUGAGCGGGAUUUUUAAUGCUGGCGGUGCUGGCCCGUCCUCG